AUGGAACAAUCUGACUCGAUGCCAGUGGUGAAGUAUGAGUGCAACUUGGGAAAGCGACUAAGACGUUGUGAAGGAAAUAACUCAGGAAAGCGACACAGACGUUGUGAAGUAGGUAACUCAAGAAAGCUACACAGAUGUUGUGAAGGAAAGAACUCAGGGAAGCGACGUAGAUGUUGUGAAGGAAAGAAUGAGGGAAAGAAUGAGGGAGAAAAAGGUGUGUACAACUUCUUGGUUGACAAAAUUAGUGAGAUGCCAGAUGAAAUUCUUGUCAGUAUAUUGUCUCUUUUGUCGCUAAAGGAGGCAACCGCUACUAGUAUCCUUUCUAGACGUUGGCAGUUUGUGUGGAUGUCCACUACGUUUCUCAACUUUCUUGCUAAUAACUAUGAUACUGGUAAAAAUAUCUACCGCUUCAUCCUCCUCAAAAAAGAAAAAAGAUACCUAGAAAGCGGUAUGUAUGUCAAUUGGGUGAAUCGUGUGGUGGAACAACAUAAAGGCCCAAAAAUUGAAGAAUUCAGGGUUUGCUUCCAACUAAAUAGUCGGUUUCGAAGUUCCAUUGACAAAUGGAUUCAGAUUGCAAUGGAAAAGGGAGUUGAAACACUCGUGUUGAAGUUUUCUUUACAAAAUAGCGUUGGUUCAAAAAAGAUGUAUGCAUUUCCCCACAAACUAUUAGGUCUCGAAAAGAGGAACUUGCAUUCUCACCUUCCAAGUCUACGCCCUUGUGGAUACAAAAUUGGAUUUCACAACCUUAAAGUUCUUCUUUUCAAAUGUGUUGAUGUGACUGAUGAAGUUCUUGAAUACUUAUUGUCCAACUGUCCAGUUCUUGAACAAUUAACCGUGUCCGAAACGAAAAGUUUGGUUAAUAUAAGAGUUGUUCAUCCAUCGGUUACGUUGAAGCAUUUAGUGAUAAAAUAUUGUUGUGCCCUUAAAAGCAUUGAGAUUUCAGGGGCAAACAUUAUUUCAUUUAUGUAUCGGGGUGUUGUGAUGAACCUGCUUCUCAGUAAUGUACCAUUGCUUGUGGAGGUGUCCCUUUCCCAUAUUUCCCUGCACCCUGCAUCCAUAAAGCUUUACUCUAGCCAACUUUCAUGUUAUCUUUCUCAGUUGGAGAUUCUCAUGCUGGAUAUCACCGGAUCGGUUUACGAUCAGGAACAUGUGUUUCCUACACUAGCAAAUCUCAAGCAUUUGGAAUUAAUACUUUUUGCGGAGUACCGUCUGGCUCUUCAUCAUUUAACUUCUUUUCUGAAAGCAUCUCCUUUCUUGCAAAGACUCGCGUUGAAGUUGGAUUUCUCCCUACACAUAGACGGUAGAAAAAUAAAGAAAGCUGCUACAUGCCCCCAUCAUUACCUCAAGCUAGUAGAAAUAGUAGGCUAUCGUGCUUGUGCUUCUGCUGUUGAACAUAUAAAGUUCUUAAUAAAGAGUGCUACUGCGUUAGAGAAAAUUGUUAUUGAUCCUGUCCGGCGUUGGAAGUAUCCUAUUGAAAAGUAUCCUAGUGAAAUGGAUAGGGGAAGUAAAGAAGUCAUUGAGGAAGCGAAGGCAAGAGAGCAUGCCAUGCAACUCAGGUUCCUAUUGAGAAUCGAGAAGAUACAGUGUCAACUUGGAUAUACAAUCAUGGUUUCAGCCAUUUGGAGUGCACAAAUAGGGACUUCAGCAGCUGCACUUAAAGCUUUAUGGACCAUCGAGACUCAUAUAUGA